CUUACUAGCAAAGGCGGCCGUGUUCUGGCGCCCUUGUUGUGUGUAUUGUGUGAUCUCUGGUAAUAAUGUUUGUCAACAUGGCAUAGCGUCCUGAUAUGGAUGCUUGGCUAUUUCUGUCAGCAAGACAUAUUUUUUGCAGGAUAAUGAUUUUCUUGCAAAGAACCAAAAGCACGUUUCCGUUGAAGUCAUUGCUCUUAGGAAAAUGUUACUGCUGUUCCACAUAUUGUUGAUUGAAUUUUUAAUGGUGAAGAUGCUGCAAAAAUGUAUCCAUGGGCCACAACUGCACUCACCGACAGAGACAUAUCUUCAGAGCCUUCAGUUAGUUCACUGACUUGUUCCUAACUCAAGUCAGUGGUACCAGGAAAAGUAUCCAGUAAUAUGCCAUUCAGACUGCGACUGAAAAAGAGCCGUCAGUACAAUGUGGCAUCUAAAUCUGUAUAUGUUAUCUGUGUUGAACUGCUUGACAGUACAACAAUAGAAUGCACAUUGUCUUCAGAGAGCAGUGGCCGAGAUUGUUUGGACAAUGUAUGCCAACGGCUUACCUUGCAGCAGCCAGAGUUUUUUGGUCUGCGGUAUGUAUCCCUGCAUGAACCUCCCCGCCUUCGCUGGGUGGAGAUGGACAGACCGCUGAAAAGGCAACUGGAUAAAUAUGCCCGUGAACCAAAUUUAUUGUUGCGAGUCAUGUACUAUAUAUCUGGAGUCAACUUGAUUCAUGAUGAAAUGACGAGAUAUCACUACUUUCUGCAAUUGAAAGCAGAUGUCAUUGAAGGUCGCAUGAGUUGUGAUGUAAAACAAGCUAUUCUUCUGGCCAGUUAUAGCAUGCAAGCUGAGUUUGGAAAUCAUGAUCUUGAGAGGCACACUGCUGAGUAUCUGAAAGAUUUUGCUUUAUUUCCAAAGCAUUUAACAGAGCAAGGCCACCUCCAGCACUUGACUGAAGCUGUAAUUUGUCAACAUGCAGCACUGGCUGGUCUUCCCCAGGGAACUGCAGAGGAAUAUUACAUUCUUGCUGCACAGCAGUUAGAUGGCUAUGGGCAGGAAACAUUUAGUGCUAAGGAUGAAAGCAAUGCAGAAGUAAUUAUUGGCGUCUCUCUCAAUGGCAUACUUGUUGGCUAUGAAAAGGCACACUCUUCAAAGUUUUACAGAUGGAAAGACAUUAAGAAUGUAAUUAAUCACAAACGUUAUUUUGGCAUUGAAUGUCCAAACGAAGGAGAAACAGUCCAAUUUCAGUUUACUGAUCCAGAAUCUGCAAAAUAUGUUUGGAGAAUGUGUGUUCAUCAGCAUACAUUCUACAUGCAGCAUGAGGGAGCAACAGAACCGUGCCAAAAUUUCAAUGACUCCAUGCCUGUAACACUAUUUCAGACUGGUAUAGAGGAUUCACAUCUAUCUGAGAGUCAGGAGGACUUAGACUGUCAUGAUGGAGGCAUAAAUUGGAGAAUUCAGUCAGCAGUGCAACGUGCUCAGUCAACCUCUUGCCUUGACCUCACAAAACACACAGAGGUUGAAAAACUGAGAGCUUUACUACCUUCAUAUCGACCAGCUCCAGACUACGAAACUGCAGUGCAGCUAAAGUACAGAGGCUCAUCACAAGCAGCAAAUAAUGUUAAUAUGAGGCCGAACAGUCAAAUUAAUUUACUGUACAGCAGUCAACCAGAAAUUCACCAAUCCCACAUGCAAGAUAAUAUCAGUUCGUACCAUUAUAAACAGUAUCCAGAUGUAACACAAGUUGAGAGGAUAUAUCUUGAUCCUCGGAGGGAGGAGCCUCAGACACACUUAAAAGGUCGACCUGAGCGCAGUUCUCAAACAGUAUUACAUACCUAUAGUACACCAGAACUGGAUGCAGUUGAGAGCCAGAUGGUUCAGAAUCUUCAAAUGCUGCAUUUGUACAAACCACCACCUCCUUACCCAUCAAGCAGCACCAGACCAAGCAGCAACAGCACACCAGACUUGGCCUCACAGGGGUUUCACCCACAACAGCCCCAGUUUGCAGUUCCUCAGGUCAGUGGUUCCAGUCCAGAUUUGGUAUCACCUCAUGCACAACCAUCUGCUCAAAAUGUUGUUCUUGGUGCUGAAACACAUCACACAUAUAUGGACGUAGCUAAUGUUCUUGACUCAGGGAUGAGAUGCUGCACAGGUGCCCAAGAGCAGUCAGAGCCCAUAUAUGAAAAUAUACCAUUGCCCUGGGCAUCACAGUCGGGGUGUUCAAGAAGCCGCGCUUCUAGUAUCCAGUCAGCACCAGAGAUGGGCAGUCCUGUCACAGCUAUGGAGGGUCAACGGAGAUGGCCGAAUGCAAUAAUGACUGUACCUUCAGCAACACCAGCAGCUAAUGUGUCUGUUAGUGUCCACUCAGCGUAUGAUGUCAGUAAUACAUCUCUACAAGAAACUUACGUGCAAAAUGCGCCUGCCCCUGAUACUGUAUGCCAGUCACCUGGUGAACCAACAAAUCCUGGUAUCGCAGAUGCAACUUACAUUAAAAGUCAGAGUCAGUUCCUUGAGUCAGAUAGACAAACUGAGUACACAAAAAUGGGUACAACAAAACAGAAGCCAAAACGUAAGUGGGCUCUACUUGGUGGAGGAAAGAGCAAGUCAAAACCAGAGGCAGCAGUAAAAGAAACUAAUGAAGAAGAAACACGUGUGCGUUGGAAUACGGGGCUGCCAAGGCUCCCUCUUCCUCCAACGAUAUCAAAAGAUAUAAUGUGCCAGCUUCUCGAACGCAAACUUGCUGAUGGUCAGGUUUUCUUUGAAUUUGAAAAAAUUCCAAAAAAGAAGCUGACAGCAGAUUUCACCACUGCAUUACAUCCUGAUAAUGCAUCAAGAAACAGGUAUAUGGAUGCUUUACCAUAUGAAGAAAACAGAGUCAGGCUGACACCUUCCAGACAAAAUAAGUUUGGCUACAUAAAUGCAUCCCACAUUACUGCAACAGUGGGCAGCCAUCAAAGGUUCUAUAUUGCAGCUCAGGGGCCACUACCUUCUACAGUCAGCAGUUUCUGGCAGAUGGUGUGGGAAGCAGACGUGCACCUCAUAGUGCAGUUAACAGUGACACAAGAAGACGGAACUGCUCCAUACUGUCCAGGCAUCAAUGACCGCUGCCUGGAGAUUGAUGAGUUUCAGAUAUGGCAACAGUUUUCACAAGAGACAGGCCACUGUGUCACAACUAAGUUGCGGCUCAUCCAUACAAGCUCACGUAGAGUCAGAGGUGUGUGGCAUUUGCAGUAUGUGGAAUGGGGUGAUCAGGGCUGUCCUCUGAAUGUUGGUCACUUUCUAGGGUUUCUGGAGGAAGUGUCAUCUGUGCGACAACACACCGUGAGUGAAAUUCCUGCUGGUCAUAACUGCAACCCUCCCGUGCUGGUACAUUGCACAGCGGGUGUUGGUCGAACUGGAAUAAUGAUUCUGAGUGACUUACUUCUAUAUACACUUGAUCAUAGUCAGGAGCUGGAUAUUCCCCGUGUAGUUGCUUUGCUACGCAAUCAGAGAAUGCUCCUCGUCCAGACAGUUGCUCAAUACAAGUUUGUAUACAGUCUUCUUAUAUACUACCUGAAGCACUCACGACUAAUAUGAUUUUGUUCACUUCAAGUGCUGCUCGGCAAUAAUUAUAGCAAAGAGUGUUAGCAAUGAUCUCUGUUUUUCUACUUCACUUCCAAUUAAUAUUUAUUAUUGCAGAAAAUGUAUAACAUAUUGUUGUAAUUGCAUAAUUUAUUUAUCCAUUAUUGUAGUAUGAGUUUUUAUUCUUUUUAAAAUAUGAAAUAAUGAAGAUUAAUUUUACUAUGUGUGUGUAUGACAUAAGGUUAUGUUUUUUUUAAUGAGUAUUCCUAUUUUUACACAUCAUUAGAGCAGAGUACUUAACUAUAGUUUUUUUAAUUUGGAAUUAUUCUGUGUUGUCUGUCAUCAAUAAUUUCUCUCCUAACUUAUUACUCUGUUGUUUGCCAUUGAUUAAUUCUGUAGAGUGACUUUAAUUACUCGUACACUUUUAUGCAGUUAGUGAUAAAAAUGAGCUAUUGUUAAUCUGAGUUGAUGAAGUACAGUUAUCAAUCAUCAUCGGUAAUUUAUAACCCAACAUUUACAUUUUAUUUCGAUACAUAAGAGAUAUUAAUCCUGAAUGUCAUAUCUUUGAUCCUAGUCUAUGAAAGAUUUAGUGUUGACAGCAGUGUAAUUCUCUCUCAAGCUGUGCAAUACUUUUUGUCAUAUGUCGUAAAAAAAAAAAAAAAGAAAAAAGUAUUUUGAGUCUGCAGCUAAUUCAAUAGCUGCACUGUUGGCAUCAGAAGCUAGUAAACUGUGAGUAAAAAUGUAGGAGACAGCUAUCCACCUUUAUUCAGUACCAUUUUAUCAUACAUUAUUGUUUGCCCAGUUUUAACAUGUUACUCUCAUUCUCAAGGAUUUCUUAUUUCAUUGUGCUGGAGUUUUUAGGCAUUUCAUACUAGUAAAACAUACAGUUUAUUUCCAAGGAUAUAAUUAAAUAAUACUCUGAAUUUUACCAAGAGACUGCUUGCAUGUGAAUAAACUGAUAAACAGUCAUUGUGCAUAUUAAAUACUUUAAUAAUUUGACAUAUAUUCUUUGAUUGACUGAUAAUUGAGACAGUGGCCAUUUGAUUCAUGUGCUGUGGAAUACUUUCCUCUUUCUAUUAAUCUUUAAUAACACUUUGUUGAGAAGAAAUAAGUUACUGGCCAGUUUCUUUUGUACUUUAUUGUGGUGAAGGUGUGUUUGUAAUCUGGUGUAUGUAUCAUUAGUGUACUUUGUUUUAUUUCUCUGCAUGUGUAGUAGGAUGAGGAGUGUAUUAUGUCUAAUGUUGAUGUUUUGGUUGUUUUGAUAACUUGUUAUGUUCAUGGAUUCACUUGCUGCCAUACAUUUGCAGUUAAUCAAUAGAGGAAAUUCAUUGUACUGUAUUCCAUUAGGUGAGGUUACAUUAUGGUUAAAAAUAUUUGAAAAGGAUAGACUGCUACUCAUCAAAAAGACAACAUGUUGAGUUGCAGACAGCCACAACGAAAAGACUGUUACACAUUGAGCUUCGGCCAAAAUAUUCUUCAGAAAGAAAACCCACAUACGUUCACACAAACAGGGACACUUCAUACAUACAUGACCAUUAUUUUGCCACUGUGGCUAGAAUGCGUUCUGACAGUCUGGCCCCAGCAGCCAAAGAUAGUGGCCACGUGUGCGUGAGGUGUUCUUGCUUGUGUGAAUGUGUGUUUGUUUCCUUUUCUCAACACAGCUUUGGCAGGAAGCUCAAUGUGUAACAGUCUUUUCACUGUGCCUGUCUGCAACUCAACAUGUCGUUUUCACAGUGAGUAGCAAUCUACCCUUUUCAUAAUAUUGUUGAUAUUCCAACUUGGGACUUUCUGUGCAACUGGGCUAGUGGUCUUCCUCUAAUUAAAUUCAUCUUAAUGGAAUGUCACAUUAUAAUUUCCCUUCUUUUUUGUUAUGUAUUCCAAAGCAUGAGACAUUUAGAUAUUUCACACGGUAUAAAAAUUUCAGGAUUUGGAAGCUAAUAUUUGUUACUGCUUUUAUCCUGUUUUUUUAACAAAAAUUAGUUCAAAUAUCAUGGUCAGGUUUUAGGAAUGGCCAUAAGGGCACAUGCAUAAGUUUAUUCAUUAAGUAUACAUAAGAUAAAUGAACUGUGAAAAGUCAUCAGUUUAUUCAUUUGUAUAUAGUUCCUUGUAUAAUUGAAAGAUUGCAAUUUUUUUUAAACUAUGAUAUUGACAUAGGUAGACAAUUAGCCAGUUGCAAAACCCUUGAAACUGGUACACUAAUAAUUCAAAACUUGAGAUAUCCAUUAAGAAUGAAAGUAUAAAGGUUGAAGAAGGAAUCUUUCAUGUUACGUAUAUUAAUGGGUACAACAAGAGUCGUAGGGGGUCUACUGUAUUAGCUAAAGUGCAUGUCUCAGUUCAUAUUGGUAUUUGUCACAUACAUAAAUAGUAUGAGGUAACAUUAAGUGCCUUUGAAAAGCUCAGAAGCCAUCCGACUUAGACUGGGACCUUCUGUCUCCAAGAAGUUGCCUUAGCUACUAUAGCUGCUAAAAUUAAAUAUUACAUUGUAUAUUAUGAAAAAGACUAUUUCUUAUUGAAAAAUCCUUAUUUUUGUAUGCUUUAUUAACUUGUUCUUUUAGUCUGUAAUGUGUAGGAGAAAGUGCUGUUAAGUCUUUGACUUGUUUCACAUUCUUGUUGUUUAACACACAUCAUUUUUUAUUUUGUGUAUUUAUAUUUACAAUUCUGGGCUGGUAAAUUGUUUGAGAGAAAAGAACACAAAACAGCUGGUCAGUGGUAGAAUAGUGGCUAGUGAUUAGCAGACAUCUCAAAACGGCUGUCCAGUAUCCUUUGGGAGAUACCACUUCUAGUUCUGCUAAUAGAAAUGCUUAGAAUAGAAAAAUUCAACAGUCCCAGUUAUCCAAACCAAGCAGAUGAUGUGGUAAGAACUGGACUUUUAUUUAGGAGAACAACAGUUCGAAUUCUGAUCUGGCUACCAAGUAACAGUUUUCCAUGGUUUCCCUAAAUUAUGUAAGGGAAAGUCUGGAUUAGUUUCUGUGUAAGAGACACAGCUGAUUUCAUUUCUCACUGGUCCUUCAUCAGAGCUUGUGCUACAUCUCUAAUGGCCUUGUUUUGAUAGGACCUUGAUCUCUAUUCUUCCUUCCUUUUCUAGCUGUUAGAUCACUAGGUUUAUUGUUCAGCGAUGUGAAUUGAAUUAGUGGGUGGGGUAAUGACGUAAAAGAGAUGGUGUCAGUGUGGGUCACUUGAACCCCAAGACGAGAGGAACUCACCUCUUACAACUCAGAAGACAGGCAAAGGUGAUGAAAUAUGGGCAUGUGAGAAACUGGAGGUCAAAGAUAGUAUAUUAAUAAACAUUGUACCAGCUUCCAUUCAGAUAUGAUAGAAGGGUGGAGUGUUGCAAGAGGUCAAGAUGUAUUGCAAGAGGCAAGUUCAUCUUUAGUUGUAUUUCUGCCACUUAUAUCAUCUUUGAACUGAAACUGACACAGUGCUUACUAAUGUAUUAUGGUUGACCUCAUCCUCUUGUCUCUAACAGCUUUCUCUUCAUCUUUAAUUCCUUUUCUUUUCAUAAUAGGCCUAUCCCACUAACCUGGGAUCUGAGGAACCUAUCGUGCCCCUUCCCCCCCCCACCCCACCCCUCUUUCCUCCUCCCAUUUCUAACAUCAGCUCACCAAUUCCUCACCAAAAGAAUGUUAUUUCACUCGAAUCUGUAAACCAAUAGUCGUUCAGUCAUUUCUUUUUACAUGAGCCAUCAGCAUGCAGACUACAAAAACUGAUACAUCUCGUUUGCACUUUUAUGUUUCUAAUGUAUUCCUCUGACAUCAUUCAUUCACUACUUUGUAAAAGUUGUGAGUUUCACUAGCAGUGCAGCCCAUCAUUUGCCUGUCAAAUAUAAUCUCAAAACAUUCGCUUUUAGUUGGCUCCUCACCUAAUCCACGAUGAGGAUUCAUCCCAGAGUUAUUAUUGGAGAAAGCAUAAUUCUGAGGUGUAAACACACCAUGUGUCAGCCAUCUGUACUUACUAUUUCUGACCAUUUGCUUCUUUGUCACCUGUGAAGAGCCUGAUUCACGAAUAAUUUCAGCAUCACUUGAUGAAUCUCCACUUUCUCUUGGUAAUACCUGGAAAUAUUCACAGUCUUCGAAAUCACUAUCAGAUUCCACAACUGAGUCUUCAUUUAGUAGUGUUUAUCUAAUUUUCAUAACACUCAAACCUUUCAAAUGCAUCAUUCUCACCAAACACAAAAGCACGAUGCAAGUAUCAGAUUUACUUCCCGUAGAUUGAAUGUAUACGAGGCUUCCUGAAAAUGAAAGUAGAUCCAGAUGUUCACAACAGAUGGCAGCACCAUUCAGUCACAGAAGGGAGCAAUCGUACUGAUACAGUGUCAGAUACAGAAAAGUGAAAACGUACGCAUACAGUUGUAGGCAGCAUGACAUAAUGCCUGCCCCGUACUGGUACAGUUGCUGUCUGUAAAGGGUUGAGUUACUCUUUUCCUGUGGUCGGUUUCUGAAUCCCAAAUAAAUACAUCAAUUAAAAAAGACUUCAAAGUGUUGAAGAUGUUUGCUGCAAGAGAAAAAUUUGCAGUUUGGUUACAAAUAAUCUGCAAUUGGUAAGUUUCAACAGUUAUGGCACUUAUCAAAAUAUGAACUUAUUAGAACAACAGUUAUUUUCCCCUUUAUCUUUACCAAGGCAAAGCCAUAUCAGCAUUUUCUCGUUGUGCCAAUAUACAGUGCAGUAUUUUUCAGAUUUAAUUAUUUCAUUUCAUUAUCUGUACCUAUGGGUAAUAUAAUAGCUUUAUUUUUAAGCAAUGAUAUGGUAUGUUCCCGUAACAUUGUUCUAAUGUGAUUUGUUUGAAGUCAGAUAGGUGCAAGGAAAUAUUUAUUUUUCAUAGUCUUAAACAUUUGAACAAUCAGUUAUUCCUUUUCGUGCUAUAGAAUUGGUAGUGGGACACUGCAUAGUGUAAGUUUGUAGCACUUGUGUUGCACAUGCCAUUAUGCUAGUCUCUUGUAACAUGCCUCUGGAGUCAAAUGAAAUGUUGUAGCUUUAUAACUAGUGCAAAAACAAGUAGUUGUUCUCAGUAUUUGUGAAUGUAUUUUUAAGAGAAUAAUUGCAGUGCUCAGAUACUAUUCUGUUUUUAAUAAAAAUGUACUUGUAAAUGAAACCUAUGGAAAAGCAGCUAUAGUACAUUAUUUAUUUUUGUCUUGUCAGUAAGAGUUCAUAUAUUCGCACAAUACAUUAGCAUUAGAAACAAGUUAACUUCAAUAUACUGUUGUUAUAUUGAAAUGAAUUUUAAAAGUGUUCUCUGAUUAUCGAUUGACUGUGACUGGCACAAACAUGUCAGAAAAGCCCACUUUACUGUUAUGAUUAUUUACAAAAGGAUUGUUUUAUAGUGUUAAUGAUAUUAAUUAAUAUUUGCUAUGUAAUAUACUCUUAAGAUCUGUGCUUCCAUAAAAUUUCUGUUUGUCAAAUCUUUCUGUGUCAUUUAACAAGCAGAAAAGGGAAAGAAAGAAACAGUUAAUAAAAUGAAAUAUCUGUGUGUGUGUGUGUGUGUGUGUGAGAGAGAGAGAGAGAGAGAGAGAGAGAGAGAGAGAGAGAGGGAGAGAGGGUGCGCAUGCAUGUGUGUGUUGUGGCCCUUUUUUGAUGGGGGAAGGGGGGGGGGGCAUGUAAUAGGAGGGUUGGAAAAUGCAUUUCCUUUUAUACUUUCCUGUGUGAAAAAUGUAAAUGUGCAAUUAACUUACAAGAAUGAACUCUGGCAGUGAUAUUCAUUCUUAUAAUAUUAAAUACUAAGACAGAAAUCUAUAUCAGGAAUAUCUCGUGCAUCAUUUAUAGGUGGCACAACAUGCUGGCAAACCCAGAAAAGAAUAUUAUGUUAUUUGAGAUACUGAGAGAUCGAUCUGACAAACUCUAGUCAAAAUAAAGGAAAAAAAGAUAUGUCACCUAAGUGUCUUAUUUUAGGGAGAUUCAGAAUGCAAUUUGGUAUCAAGUAAGUGCUAAAAUUUUAAUUUAUGAAGGGGAAGGUGGUGCAUGUAGGAUAACUUCAUUGACAAAGAAAAUUACCAUUGCAUAAAGUCUAAAUUGUCAUAUGUGUAUAGGAUGAAAGUAGUCUUAUUUAUAUAAGAUUUAAGGCUACAUGUUGCCCAAGAAGUGAGUGUUCCUUAGCUUAUAUGCUAUUUUUGUACGGUGUGUCUGUGAUAUAAUUUUCAGAAGUGCGUUCUAUGUGUUACAGCAAUCAUAAAAAUAUGUGAAACUAAUGAUUUGUGCAGUUAAAAACUUAUUAAUAACUUAUGAAAACCUGUUUCAUUUUAAAAUAUUUGUCAGUAUUUUUUGUAGAUGUCUAGUUGCUAGUAUGUUUAAAACAAGUUGAGUUUUGUCUUUUUUUACUCAUCAAUCAACAACUGGUUUGUCCCAUAAUUGAUGAGUUUCAUUCACAGUUUCUUGUGGCUAUGUAUACUUUCUUUUUUUGUAUGUCACAUGUAGUACAAGUAAUUUUCUAUAUGUCUGAAUCAAGUAUUGGUGGUGAUGAAAAAUUUUAUACAUUUUUGUAAUUGUGCAGCUUUGUGUAUGUGAAAAAUAAAUUUUUCUGGUCUUCAGUCAUAUUAAGAAACA